CUAAAUCUUACAGACCAGUAAGCAUUAUAAUAUGUGCUGAUCUCAUUAAGCCCUUGAUAGGCAGCUAUUAGAUGCUGUGCCGCCCAAAUAUGAUGGCCUAGUCAAUUCAAGAACUGCUAAUAUCUCUAGGUUAAGUAAAUCAAGGCUUCACUUGUUAUUAUUAGAUAACUGCAUAAUUAUUGUUUAUUCUCAAACAUGCCUCGUUAUACUCGCGACCAAUACGUCGCCAUCAUUAACGACUUCUACACGUUUCUGACGAGGAUGUAUAUCGCAGACUCAGCGUUGAAGCACCCGCCUGAAGGGGGUUGGUCUAACGUCACGCCUGAGAAUUGCAGCGGGUUUGGGAAGAACACGUUCGUGGUGGACCUUUUAAAGCACCUGCCGUAUAUUGAAGGGGGGGAAGAAAACGACGUCGACAUCCAUUAUAAAUGCAACGUGGUCGAUUACUCUACCGCAACGCCUGAGAAGUUCAGCGGCACUAGGAUCAAGCUCGGAGAGAUAUCCGCUUCCGCCGACGGGCCGGUACCGGCACACACGGUGGUAAUCGCAGAGGGCCACGAGAGCGGCGGAGUGGUCCUAUUGCUAGACACGGAGGAGGGCAUAAUCAUCGAGGAGAUAAUCCGGUACGGCCGGGGUGGCGAGUGGGAUGUGACGGAGUACUUUAGCAAUCUCAGGCGGAAGUACGAGAGGCUGCAGAUGUUCCACAUUCCCGGAACCGAGACUAUCCAGGAGAUGCCGGAUAUCUUGGACGAGGACGAAACGGUGGACCCCGUGGAAGGCCCGCUGCACGACGAUGACGACGACGACGACGACGACGACUUCCCGACGGAGGGGGAUGGUCGCUAGGUCCGCCACAUCUAUCAGAGCUGUGGGUGGCCGGGCCCGGAGUACAGCCGUGACGAGUGUAUGGAGGCUAUUGUUAGGUAUAAGACGUUGAGGGAAAGGGCUGGGGAAGAAGGGAAUGACGAGGGACUUUGAUCCUCUUGGGUACGUGGGUUACUGUGACGAUGUACAUACAUACACACACAUAUUGGUUUGUCUCUAGGAGAUGAAUUAAUAUCACGUCCAUAACUAAGCCCUAAAUUAGCUGUGUUGGCCCCACAUCACAAGCUUGAG